UUGGCCGGCACAGUGUGGGUGUUGUGGUCCCGCUUGAACCAUCCUCUGUGGUCGUCACUUCUCGCCACACCAGAAUGAUUUUAUAAUAUGUUAAUAUAGACGGAGAAGAAAAUUAUUUAUUAAGGGCACGACAUUUCUAUAGCAGUAGCCGUUGAUUGAAGAAUAGAUAGGAGUGAAGAAUGGCUGAAGUUCAGUUUUGGGUGAGACCAGAGGUGAUGGAAUUGGGGGUUCUGCCCAUACUUCCUCCUGAUAAGAUUUCUAUCGAGAUGCUGUCGCGAUUGCUGCAGUAUUCACAAGAUCUUGGAGAGCGAGGUUAUCCCCAGAUGAAUUAUGAAACUUGGAAACAUGUUGCAGUAAAAAAGAUGGGUCUGAGUGUUGAGUGCAGUAUGGUUGUAUUCUUUUCUUGUCUUCUCUUCUCCAAGUUACGGCCUGGUCGUGACAGAGAAUUGGAAGCAACUCUAGCAGCUGCUGCAUCACAGAAAGAAAGGGAUGAGGUGAUGGGUGGUGUGGAAGUUUGGACAAUGGAGCUUAUAAUACUAUUAUAUCUUCACCGAGUUACCAGCGCCCACCCCCGGGCCAUCGCUAGACAAGCCUCCCUACAGACUCUCACUACAGAUCCAUGGCCAAAUAGCAAUAUUUCUGGAGCAACGGCCCGGAAGCAGUUACUGGAAGAAAAGCAUGCGGGAUUUGUACGGGAGGCCCUGCCAGAGCUUCUCAGUUUGUUAGCUGGGCACCUCCAGGUUGAAGACACAGAGAAGAAGAAGAAAUCAGGUGACAAACGUACACCCCGUGAACUACUAGGCUUUAUGAAGUCUGCAGGUGUUUUGUCUGUAGAUGUUGUUAAAUCUCUAGGAUUUAUAAUUGGUACAUCUCUUCAAGGCGACAAGGCUGAACAUGACCUGUUGUCAGUGGCCAUGGACACAAAUAAUUGCUACAGGUCUGGUUAUCUGAGUAAGAAAAAUGCUUUCCAGAAAGGCUUAUUUGAGCAGUGGCUGUUGAGAGGUUUAGAUUGGGCUCCACAUGGAGAGUGGCUUUGUGUACGUCGUGGCUGUAGACAAUCUUGGCCUGUGGUGUCUUUAGCACCUCAAACACACCAUCGUUUUGUUACUUCUCCAUCUUCUGGUCAUAGACUCAUGUAUAUAUGUGAGUUGAUUGAUGGCUUGACCGCUCACAUGGGGGACGAGGCAGCACCUUGUGACCUGAAAGUACGAAGAUGCUCCAAAUCAAAUAUCUACAUACUACAGCCAAUCAGAAAUGCUGUGAUCCACAAGUGCCAUGAUACUCGAAUAGUGCUGGGCCCUGUUUCAGGACGUAUACGCUUAAGUGAAUGUCGCAAUACUGUGGUGGUGUGUGCAGCACGGUCAGUUGUAAUAGCAGAUUGCCGAGGUGUGAUAGUACACACACUAACACCACAGAGACCUUUGUUAGUGGGAGGACGCACUCAAGGUGUCUCGUUGGCACCACUUAAUAUUCAUUAUCCUAGACUCAAACACCAUAUGGCUAAAGCACAACUUCAGUCACACAUCAAUAGGUGGAAUAGACCAUUACAUUUAGGUAGUGAAGGAGUUUUGGGUGGUGCCUGUGAAGUGAUGAACCCAGAAGACUUCCAACUACUUGUAAUUCCCUUCACUCAGACUCCUCCAAUAGAUGGCAGGCCUCCUCUUUUGCCUCCAGGGCUUCCACAUGAAUUUGCCAAGAGUGUGGAAGAAGCAGGCAAAUGUGUUUCUAGUUUCCGAGCUGAAGUACGAGAUGCUGAACUUUCGCCAGAACAAAGAGCUAUUCUACAAAAAGCUGUUGAUGCAAAGUUUAAGGCGUGGCUGAGAGACACUGGUAAACAACGUGAACUAGACCAACUGGAAAAAUUAGCUCUCACUUUAAAGUAUGAGAGAGUAGCUAAAACAACAGCAAUAUAAGUACUUUGAGAGAAGUAAAUUUUGAAGAAAUAUUUAGUGAAAAGGGUGUGGAAUUUUUUCACAUUUUGUUAACAUUGAGUAUUUCAAAAUACAGCUCCUCCCCGACUUACGACGGGGUUAGGGACCCAAAUCCAGGUCGUAAGUCGAAAAUGCCUAAAUAAUACAUAGAAAAUCUAAAAUGGGUGUCUCUUUUUUCUUAUCAGCACCACAAAACUCUCACUUUUAAGCAUGCCAGCCAUUUUAAAGUGAAUUAAAAACGAAAAUUUUGUCAGUACACAGCGCAAUCACUGACGUUGGGACUCGAAAAUACGUAAUUUUACAAAAUUAUGGUAUGACUGAGGCAGUCGUAAGUCGAGUAGGUCGUAAGUCGGGGAGGAGCUGUAUACUGUAUGGCAGUACUGAAUGAUGGAACAAUGCAGUAUUUAAUUUUUUUGUCACUUUUUAUACGUAAUUAUGCCAGAUUAAUGUUUGCUGUAAUUUUUUAUGCUAUUACUUAAUUACUAAAAGACAUAAUUGAUUGCGAAAAGAUUUUAUUUUAUUAUAAUUUUGUAAAAAAAUGUGUUUCUAGAAUGAUAUUAAUAAAAUGCUGGUAUGUCACUAUAUUUUGUUUUUAAAAUAAUUUAUCUAUCUUUUACCAAAUAUCCAGUAGAGUACUGUAUGUGGUAAAGUUAUGUUCUGGACUUCCAAUCCAAUAAGCUAUGAGUUUGGUAAUGUGUGAUGGACUCACAAGAAAACUAAUUUUAAGAAUUUAAUUUUAGUACAACGGAAGACUAAUCAGUGUUAAAGUUAGUCAUCUUUUUACGUAAGAAUGGCCCAGAAAUGGGGCAACUUCUCAGCAAUUUUGUAAAAUUACUUGUAAACAAUCUUAUUGAAAUUGACCUACCGGUACGUAGUCUGUUCACUUGACCUUCCCAACUGAAGCCUAGGUUCAGUUUGUAACAAGGAAACUGAUAGUGAGUUUUUUCAAAUAUUUUUAAGGAUGAAUGCCAUUAAUACUUAAGAAAUGUGUGUGUGGAAAGUUACGGACUGAAACUUGAUAAAUACUUCAAUAUUUUGUUUCUUAUUCUCUACUGAUAAAUCUCUAGCAUGUCAUGUCCGUUGCUUAUAAUAUGCUCCUUUCUUUUACAUAAAAAGUACAGUACAUGGUUCACACACAUAAUAAUGUUGGCUCUGUGAUUCCAUUAUACAUACACCCUUUGAAUACAUUUCUCAUCAUAUCACAAUUAUACAGACAUAUUUCACACUUGUGUGGGUUAGCCAUGAUUAUCCAAAUGCAUGGUUUCUUUCAGCUUCUCCUAGGUUGGUUCGUAUAAUUCCCUCCCCCUCGUCUUUCUUGGUUCACCUCUAGCACGCCUCCAUUCCACAUUCAAGCUUCUGCAUCUUUUGACCCAGUUGAUCUCCAUAUGCCCGAACCAUCUCGGCCACCCUCGCCAAUACUCAGCGGUUUUCUCUCAACGUUACCUUGGACAUUAAUCUCGCCAUUUUCAGUUCAACUUGCUCAAGCCUAUGUGUGCCAUCCUCUUUAACUGUCUCCAUUUUAGUUCCUACUGUCCCUACAUAUAAAACUUGUUAUUUUCAUGGGCAAAGAACUAUACAAUACUGUACUCACCCACAUGUUCCAGAUGUAAAUGAAAACGGACUCUUCUUGUGAAGGUGGACCGCAGGCAGUCAGGUUUGUGUUAGCUCGGUCUCAAAGUUACGUUGAUCUUAUUUAGUACUGGCAGUAUGGAACACAGUAGUUAAGGUAAUACAGACUGGAACCAGGCCAAUGUGCUGUAACAGACUUUGGACCCCACCUUUUAUUCCCAGCUUACCUGUUUAAAAAAAUAAAAAUAAAAUAAAGUAAGCGUUAUCAUCAAAACAUUGGCAUCAGUAGCAUCUUUCAUACUUUUUACAUUUGGCUAUGUAUUCUGAUACAGCCUAGCUAGCUUGUUUAUAUGUGUUAUGUAGAAUUUUUAAAAGAUUCACACUCAAUGCACCCUUUAUGUAUUUCUGAAAUGUUUGUUACAAUCUAUUACACAAUGUCAAAUGAAAAUCUGACUCAAGUACUAGUUGUAAAUUUUAUUUACAUAUUGUACAAUGCAAGCAAUUUUGUUUAAAUCUUGCCAUAAAACUUUUCAAGAUAAUUAUGUUACAUUUUUGUAGAAGAAAAGAGUUUGAGUCUUCACCUUACCCACAUCAAUGAAAAUGACUCCCUAACUUGAAUAUAUAGUAAUAAAAUGUAACCAUACUGAGUUCGUAAAUAUAUCACAACAAGAUUU